AUGGCGGAAAAGCGUCGUCUGCAGCAGGAAGUGGAGCGCACGCUGCGACGCGUGGAGGAGGGCUGUGAGCUGUUUAUGGAUUUAUAUGUGAAAUUCAAGCAGCAGCAAACAGCGAAGGUUGAGGGGGAGCUGAAGAAGGAAAUUAAAAAGUUGCAGCGCUUAAGGGAGUCCAUAAAGGCGUGGCAGACUAAUGUCGAUGUAAGGGAUAAGGGGCCUUUGGAAGACAGCCGUAAAAAGAUUGAAAAAUGCAUGGAAACCUUCAGACAGUGCGAGAAGGAAAUAAAGACGAAGGCCUUUAGCAAAGAGGGACUGGCAGCGAAGACGCGAGAUGGAGAGGACCGACACAGAGAGGCGCUGCAGUUGCUGCAGCAGCAGCUGCAAAGGGAAGCCGCACUACUUGAGGCGGAAAUGGACGGUCUAGACAGCAAGAAGGGGAAAAGGGACAGAGAAAGAGACAGAGAGAAAAAACGAAUCAGCCUGCUGCUUCAGAAGCACAAGCAGCAUAUCACAAAACUUACCGAGGCACUACGUCUGGCCGACAGCAGUAGACUCUCCCCAUCAGCAGCAGCAGCAAUAGCAGUGGCUCUUCAAGACUUUCUCAGCAGCAAUGGGGACCCCGCCUUUGUCUUUGAUUCCUCUGUCUACGACUGCAUUGCAGCGGAGCACAGCGACUCUGCAGAAGGCUCAGAAACUGAAGCUGCAGACAACAAUUCGGAUGCCACGCUGUCGGUAGACACACCUGCGAGUUCAUCUAUUGAAGCUGCAAGCAGCAGUUCUACCCGGGGAAACCGCAGUACAAAUAGCAACAAGCCGACGGACAGCAGCUCGAGCAGCAACCGCAGAGCGCUGAGCGUUUCAGAGGAGCCUGAAGGCACCAUGAAGAGAACCAGCAGACGCAGCAGCAGUCCCAGCAAUACUUCCAGCAGCAACAGCAGCAAAGGCAGGCAGCAGCAGCAAAGUCAGCAGGGCAAAGGAGCUGCAGCAGCAACGGAAGGGGCGGCACCCUCUCCUUCUUGCUGGUCGUCGCUGCCACAGCAACAGGGAUCACAGCAGAGCUCUCCCUCUGCAGCAUCUCUAGCCGAGCAGCGUGCUGCUUCACCGGCUACAGCAGCUAACAACCGCAGCAAUAGUAGUAGUGGCAGCAGCAGCAGCAGCAGCAGCAAGGCGAGUGAAGCAGGCAGCGUCUGGAAAACAGGUAGGCUGCAUGCAGCUACUGCAGAGCAGCAGCGAACGCAGCAGCUACAAGGCCUUGGCUCCCCAGCUACGGGAGAUAAGCAGCAGCAGCAGAGGAGCGGCGUUGUUGGAGGAGGUGCAGCUGGAGUAACUGUAGCUCCCUGGAAGGGAAAAGCAGCAGCAGCAGCAGCCGCUGGUGCUGCUGCAUCACCUUCGGCGCAAGCGACAACAGGUGUUGCGGGAACAGCAGGGUCAGGUUCUUCCGCGAAGGGACAGGGCAAGCAGCAGCAGCAACAGCAGCAACAGCAGCAGCAGAGGGCAGCUGCGGAGAGCAGCAGCUCCACCACGAAUCAUGGAAACGCAGCAGCAACGGGAGCAGCUCCAGCAGAGCCGCAGGGGGUUCCGUCCGCUGGAUUGAGCGCGGCAGUUGCCCCGCAGCCGCCGACGAAUAGUAUCGCCUCUGACCUGAGUGUUGUUGCUGCUGCCGUUGCUGCUUCCUGCUACUCUCGCCCGCUGCCCCAAGACACAGACUUCUCUUCUUCGCCGUCUCCUGCGUCUCCUUUCUUUUGGCCCCCUUGGGUCCCUAAAGGAGAAACAAUGCCCCCUUGCAUUUAUCUCAGAGCUCCCUGGGGGCCUCCAGGCGGACCUCUGGGGGCGCCGACAGGGGCAGCCCAAGUCGGGAAGCCGCCAGAUUGCUUCCCCAAAGGGCGUUUGGCGGCUGCAGAUGAACGAAGUUUCUUUCGUGGUUUGGAAACAGAUGCUCUGUUCUUUGCCUUUUACUUUCAACGGGGCACAGUGCAGCAGUUACACGCUGCGCGUGAACUCAAAGCUCUGUCGUGGCGCUACCACAAGAAGUACCAAACUUGGUUCCAGAGACUGGAGGAGCCGAGGGUAUCCACAGAUAAAUACGAACAAGGGGCCUAUGUCUACUUCGAUUAUGAUAAUGGUUGGUGCUCGCGCAUAAAGCACGAUUUUACGUUUGAGUAUAUUUACCUUGAAGACGAACUCCAAGAAUAG